AUCAGGUUAAACAUGAUAAAAUACCUCAUGAAAAUCACCAUCCCAAAAAGGUACAAACUUGCUGUGAUCUGGAUCGUUGAAAACGCAAAAGUUAUGAUAUGUACCACUGGAAGUCCAAUGGGUUACAUGGGUUUUAGGCGGUAAAGCUUGAGCAUUUCUGCCGCCAAAAGCGACGGUGUCCCUUCUACCGGCGGCGCUCUUUUCGGCUUUUCCCCAGUUGGCAGAGACGCUGGGUCAGGAAAUCUCCGUUCCCAAAUGUUCCGACCGGCGAAGCACAAAACGGCUAGGCCCUAACCUAGCAAACAGUCUUUGUAGUUUCUUAUCUUUUAUGUGUCGGACUUCGGAGAAAGUAGAAGCGUAGCACGUCCCUAAUCGGAGAAGAAGAUGGCCGAACCUUCUCCUUCCCCUCCACCGCCGAAUUCAACCACGAUUACAGACUUAAGCGUGGACUCGCUGGCUCACUGCGCCAAUUACCUCACUCUUCACGACCUUUCCAACUUCUCCAUCUCUUGCAAGUACCUUAAUGGCGUCGCCCAUUCCGAUUCCGUGUGGCAACGCCUGUUCAGGUUCGCCUUUCCCUUCCCUCUUGCUGCCCUCAAAAGUUUAUGCAUCUCUCUUCGUUUGAGUCAUUGUCUUCGGUAGGAUGAACUUCAAUGGCCGCAUGUUGUAAGGCCCAAUUUGUCGGAUAACUCGGGAGUCAGGGAAGCUUAUUUGGCCAGGAAGGCUGCUGUGCAGCAGUUCAGGUUUGCUGAUCCUUUGGUUGCAGACUUCUAUACAGAGGCCAAACCUUUUGAUCAUAUCCUAUUGGAUGAGGACGACAUUAUCUAUUCUCAGGGUAAUGUCAUUCAAAUGAUGGGCAUAAGUAGUUUGCUAAGGGGCAGAGAUUCCAUAACUAGACUGAGUGAUCAUGGAGCUAGAAUCACUUGUAUGAGAGUGUUUUCACUUGACUUGAGAAAUGCGGCCCAAAGAAAGCAGAGAGUGUUGGUAACCUCAAGCUGUGACCAUUCUAUUCGUGUGUGGUGGAAGGGUUUUUGCCAAAGAUGUCUUAGAGGGCAUAAUGGGCCUGUUUCGUGCUUGACGGAUAGAUUUCUCGGCGAUGGCAGUUCAACAGUACUAGCAAGUGGUGGCGAAGAUUGCACGGUUCGCUUUUGGUCCAUAGGUUCAAGUGGAAAACGUGGACAGCAUGCUUUAAAAGCUACUUUGUAUGGGCAUGAGAAACCUAUCAAACAGAUGUCAGUUGCAGAGCACAAUUCUUCCCUCUUGGUUAGCAUCUCAAAAGAUUCUAAGGUUAGGCUCUGGGAUACCACUACAUCAUCUGCUGCUCGUUCUUCCUGCUGUUUGGGGAUGGUUUCUGUGCCUGGUGGUGCACCUGUUGAUAUGAAGUGCAACGAAUCGUUGCUUUAUGUAGCCUCUGGAUCCUCUGUAGUGACAAUCGAUUUAAGGACCAUGCGGAAAGUUGCUACGCCAGCAAUCUGUCAACCAAACUUACUCUCAUUCGCCAUGGUGCCUUCAAAACCCUUGAUCUGCACUGGUGGAAUGGGCAAGAGCUUGAUUUGGGACAUUAGGAGAAACCAGGAGACGUUGAAACCACAACCAGUGGUUGAGCUAGAAGGACAUAAUGGUUCAGUAACAAAGCUACAUGCGGACCGAUACAAGAUUGUUACAGGAGGGCCACAUGAUAGAUUCAUACAUGUCUGGGAAGCUGGUACUGGAACACCAACGAAUUCCUUUGUCUGUUCGGACCAUGAGGACGCUGAAGAAACCAGCUCUGGGUGUUUGGGUAUGGCUGUUGACAGAGCUCGAAUUGCGACUGCUACAACGGGCGAAGGACAUGGACUCAUCCGGUACAGAGACUUCUUCAAUGCUACUUGCCCUGUGUCAAGAGUGGACGAUCAUGAUGAGAACUCUUCCAAGUUUUGGGAUCAACAAUCGUAUGGUGACAGCAGUGGAGAUGUUGAUGGAGCAGUACUCAAAUAGGUUGUGGACUUUUGGUUGUUCUUUUGGAGCAUACUUUAGUGUUUGUACGAGCUUGGUUCCUUAAAUCCUUUGCAGUCUGCUAGCAAGUUUCCUCAUCAUACUAAUUUGUGACAUUGUAAUUUGUAAGACCACAUUGGGGUUUCUAAUAUAUUCUUGAUUUAUAUUUCAUCAGAG